GAUUAUCUAUAAUGUUGACUCCAAGAUUGUCUACCGUAGCCCCCGUAGGACUUAAAUCUGACUAUGAAACAUCUCAUGGCUACUUUCACGGUCAUAAAUGUUACUUGCCGACGAAUAAAGUGGUAACUUAUGAAAUAAAGUGUGGGCCUCUGAAGCGGUUAAUCCUGGACCUUAUAACUGUGGAGAAGGAUGACCCUAGAGCUCGAAAAUUAUAUAAGUCCCACGCAGCCUUAUGUGCUAACCAGUACAUGCAAUACAAGAAACACCCAUGGAUUAUACACCCAUACAGUAAAUUUCGGAUUUGGUUUGAAGGAUUCCUAUCGGUUACGAUUCUUCUAUCCAAUAUAUUACUCGCAGUCCAUUAUUCUAAAAGAAAUCCAGGGGAAUAUAAGUACGAAGAAGACAUUAUACUCACUCUCGAUUCGAUUUAUCUAUUACACAUUAUACUGAACUUUUUCACGGGCCACAUCUCUGGGGAAACUAACCCAAUAGUAAUUCUAGAUCUAAAGAGAAUUCUCUUCAAGUAUACCAGCACUUGGUUCAUACCAGAUUUGCUGACAGUCUCUAUUUUAUUCCUUAAAAUGGUUGACUACGAAGAUUUGCCGUUAGAAUUGUUUUUGGUCACUCUGACAAUUAUUCGGCUGAUCAAUUUGAUUUCGUAUGUUAAGAAUAUAACUACCAGAAUGGAAGCUGGGCAAUGCUGUGAAACAGCUCUGGAAACAAUGUUACUCCUCCUUUCCUUUUUAUCAUGGAACAUGUACCUACAAUACGCGGUUGAGUACAUGGCAGAGGGGGUCUACAUACCUUCGUCACCCAGAGUUUGUUCAUGGAUAAGUAUAGUAAAACUUUGGAAUGCAACGUCGACCACUCGAUUCGUGUUUUCUUUGGAUAGAGCUGUUGGUAUGCUACGAGGGAACGCUAACAUUAAUAUCCUUGAACAGGACGGAUGCUUCGAAUUAUUUUAUAUUACAUCUUGGUGUAUAGCACAGGUAUUAGUGUUUCAUUGUGCCUUCAAAUACGUUAUUACUAUAUUUGGAUCAGAAUCCGCGCGGGCUCAAUACUUCAUAAUGUCGAAACAGGUCGAAAUGUACCUCAACCAGAAAAGAUUCCCCGCAAGAAUUAAGAACAAGGUUCUCAGGUUUUACGCUAUUGGUUACCAAUCGCAUUUCUUUGCUGAAUCCCGUAUGAUGUCAUGUGUUUCGGGGCAGCUUCGUGAAGAUAUAAUUAUGCAUACGGGCAGGCAACUUGUAAGAGACGUAACAUUUUUAAAGCAAUUGCCGGGAACUUUGCUGCUGCAAAUCGGAAUUAAAUUGAGAAUUGUUAUUUUCAUUGCUGGAGAUAUUAUAAUGAAGAUUAAAACUAUAGGAGACUGCCUAUACUUCAUCCACAAAGGAACUGUAGCUAUUUACUGCCAGUCCGGCAAAGAGGUGUGUCAUUUAGAAGAUGGAGAUUUCUUCGGAGAAAUAGCUCUUGUAAUGAGCCACAGACUAAGAACAGCAUCGGCUGUAGCAGUUACUAACUGUGAACUUUUUAGACUGGAUAGGGAAGAUUUUGAGAGCUAUGUAGCUUGUUAUCCUACUGUUUAUGAGGAUAUUAAAAAAGUUGCUAUGGAUAGAUAUGAACGAUCCAAAACGCUGGACGAACAUCAUAAAAUCGAACUUAGUAUGAAAAAGAAGAAUAAAUUAGAAACUGAAUAUGAUACUGAUAGCCAAUUUUAUAAUUGAUAGAUUAAGUUGGCUCAAUGUUUUCAUUAGGUACUUAACUUGUACUUAUUUAAGUUCAAAAGCAGCAGAUAUUUAUUUGUUAAGAAUUUGUAAGGAUAGAAAUUAAACAAAUUAAUAUA